AUGGGGGCGUUUGUCGCUUGCGGCAACACGCUGCCACGCGCCCGCGAGACGGUUCUGGGCGUGGAGGGCGGGGACAGGGGAGGGAGGGUGGGGAUGUGGGACCCGCGGACGGGGACCGGGACGGUCGAGGCUGUCAAGGGCCAGUACACGGACGCAGAGGGGAAGUGCCGCGUGGAGGCGCUGCUCUUCGAGGAGUUCGGCGCAAUGAGCGGGGACAUCGUGGUCGGCGCGCGAAUGGAUGCCGUUUGCGCUGCAGCGACUGUCGGGACCGCGGGGGGGGCUAGCGGGAUGGGGGGCUCUAAGGGGAAGGGAGCGGGGGGCGCCCAGUAG